CAGCGGGCUCGCGCGCGCGGGCGGGCGGCGGCUGCUGCGAGAGGGGAACGCGCGCGCGCCUCGUGCGCCGCGGCGCGCGGGCAGGUGGAGGUGAGCGCGGCGCCCCCGCCCCGGGAGCGGGCAGAGCUGCCCGCCCGCCCGUCCGCCCCCCCGCCCGCCCCUUCCUGCGGCGGCUGCGCGGCGCGGCGGGGCGAGGGAGGCAGGGCGGGAGGCAGGGCCGCCCUCCCCCGUCAGCCGCGGCGGGCGGAGGGGCGGCGGCGGCGGCGGCGGCGGCAGCGGCAGCAGCGGCAGCAUGAGCGGCGGCGGCGUCCGGGGUAGAGCGGCGAGGGCAGGGCUGGCAGCGCGGCUGCUGGCGGUGCUCGGCUGCGUGCUGACAGCGGAGGCCCAGCUCACAGGAGUUCUAGAUGAUUGUUUAUGCGACAUAGAAAGCAUCGAUGACUUCAAUACUUUCAAGAUCUUCCCCAAAAUACAGAAACUGCAAGAACGUGAUUACUUCAGAUAUUACAAGGUCAACCUGAAAAGACCAUGCCCAUUUUGGGCCGAUGAUGGCCAUUGUUCUAUCAAAGAUUGUCAUGUAGAGCCUUGUCCUGAGAGCAAAAUACCUGUUGGAAUUAAAGCUGGGAGCUCUAAUAAAUAUUCAAAAGUGGCAAAUAAUUCCAAAGAAUUGGAAGACUGUGAGCAAGCUAACAAACUGGGAGCAGUUAACAGUACCCUAAGUAACCAAAGUAAGGAGGCUUUCAUUGACUGGGCAAGAUACGAUGAUUCACAGGAUCAUUUUUGUGAACUUGAUGAUGAGAGAUCUCCAGAUGCACAGUAUGUGGAUUUGCUGCUGAACCCAGAACGUUACACAGGAUACAAGGGGCCGUCUGCUUGGAGAGUGUGGAAUAGCAUCUAUGAAGAAAACUGCUUCAAGCCUCGAUCUGUCUAUCGUCCUCUAAAUCCAUUGGCGCCUAGUAGGGGAGGAGAUGAUGGAGAAUCUUUCUACACAUGGCUAGAAGGUCUUUGCCUGGAGAAAAGAGUGUUUUAUAAACUCAUUUCUGGACUUCAUGCUAGUAUCAACUUGCAUCUGUGUGCAAAUUAUCUUCUUGAAGAAACCUGGGGGAAGCCUCGCUGGGGACCGAAUGUGAAGGAGUUCACUCGCCGCUUUGACCCUGUUGAAACAAAGGGAGAAGGACCAAGGAGGCUCAAAAACUUGUAUUUCUUAUAUUUGAUAGAGCUGCGUGCUUUGUCAAAGGUUGCACCCUACUUUGAACGUUCAGUGGUUGACCUUUACACUGGAAAUGGCCAUGAGGAUGCUGAAUCUAAAGCUCUCUUACUAGAUAUCUUCAGGGAUACAAAGUCCUUCCAUAUGCACUUUGAUGAAAAGUCCAUGUUUGCUGGAGAUAAAAAAGGAGCCAAGUCAUUAAAGGAAGAAUUCAGAUUGCAUUUCAAGAACAUAUCCCGCAUAAUGGAUUGUGUUGGAUGUGAUAAAUGCAGGCUCUGGGGCAAACUGCAGACUCAAGGCUUAGGAACUGCUCUGAAGAUCUUGUUUUCUGAGAAAGAAAUUCAGAGCCUUCCUGAGAAUAGCCCAUCAAAAGGUUUUCAACUCACGCGUCAAGAAAUAGUUGCUCUUGUAAAUGCUUUUGGAAGGGUUUUGGUUUUACAGGCUUUCCACAAGUAUAAGGGAAUUGCAGAAUUUUAAAGUUCUGUUGCAGCGAACUAGGUAAUGAAGGCUUUUGCACGACCCAGGAGGGAAGACCAUUCACAGGACUGUGCUGAGCAGAAGGAACUGAUCCUUACAGGACUCACACGAACUGAUAAAAUGUAAAAUCAAAUACCAACUUGGAUAUUUAUGUUUAAACUAGGAAUGGUUAUUAAUUAGAAAAUAUAUUUAUGAAUGAAAUAUAUAGUUUUUAAAUGUGUAAAUUAUGCUGAUCUGUUUAUUUUUCAAGUUCUCUGGUCACAAUUCUGUUGUAAUGAAACUUCAUAUGUUUUCUUUAUUUCCUUGUCUUUUUGAGACAGUUGUUUUAUAUGAAAACAUAUGUUCCUCCACCCUGAGUUGGCCUAUCCUGAGACAGGUGGUCCACCUCUCACCUUUCCUCAGUACUGAGCUCCAGUGUAUUCUGAGGAUUGGGUAUGCUGAUUCUGUCUGGAUAAAAGAGAAAAAAACAGAAGAGGAAAUAAGGCUCUUGUUAAGUUAUGACUUCUUACUCUAAUAAUGAAACUUACUUAAAAAUAGGAAAUUCACUGAGCAGAAAAUUUUAUUUCAUUCUGAACUCCUUUGCAUCGUGCUGAUAUCAACAUUUUUUCCCUUAGGUGCUGCUUUUCUGAUUUUUUUAUUAUUUUUUUUUAAUUUAAAUAGCUACUUUGUCUCUGAUGCAGCAGAGCUGGAAGUGACUUUUCUGCAGCCCCUUCACUUCACUGCAUUUGAGUGAGGGUAAGGGCUAGGGGAGUGGAAUGCUGCUAGCUGAAAAGCCGCUGUCAAUCAAAUUUGCAUCUAGUCCAUUUUCUAGAUUGUAAUCACAAGUUCAGCUUCCAGAAAUAGUGUUUUUAACAUCUAAAAUGUUAAAAUAGCACAUUUACAAUCUUUGAGCUGUGGUAAUAGGUUUGCUUUUUAUGGGUUAUGUUUUAGUGCUAUAUUAAAAGGUCAGUGCAAAAAUGAAGAACUUGUUUUUGUAGUCACUUUUAAAAAAGAUGCUUUUUAAAAUUCAUAAUCACACUGAUAUUUAAUACUGCAUAUUCUAUCUAUGCAAUCCCUAACUGUAUCUUCUUUAAAAGGAUAUUCAGCUUAAUAAAACGGGUAUGUUAAUAACAGAACUUUCAUAGAAUAAGAAAUAAUUUGUGUAUCAUUGUCCACAAAUUUCAAUGAUAACUCAUCAUUGUCCAAAACAGAAUUCAGAAACAGCAUUACUGAUUAGUAGCAACCAAAUACUGGUUUAAAUUUAAACGAAGUAAUAAUUUUUUUAAACCAGCAUGUUUCAAAGUGAAGUUAGGAGUUAUGGAUUUUGGAAGUCCUGGUGCAGUGUAGAUGCAUCUCAUGUUUUUAAAAGUACAUCUUCACAAAAUGAAGUGCUCUUAAACAUUUUUCACCCUACCAGAUAUUUAGUGACCUGUUUAUAUAAUUGAUUGUAACUGUAUUGGUUUCCAUAAUGUGGUCCUUUACAGCUGGGAUUUUCUGAAAGCUGGAUUAUGCUCUGUGUCCUUUGUUUCCAGAGUAGCCUCAGAUUUCUCCCUGCCUGGAAAUGAGAGACUAUCCUGCUAACAUCUGCUAUUACAAGAAAUACUGUUUCUCAAGAAAGCAAACUCUCUUGAGUCAAACUCAGAUAAGCUAAAUGAAAGAUUAAAAGAGAGAAAAAACAAAGGGGGGCGGGAACCCAACUCCAAAACAACCACAAAUCCCACAGAGUUUUGGUGAUACUUGCACAAAUUGGCCAUGAACUGGUAUCCGGUCUUACCUUCCUGUUUAAGCCUUUUAGAUAAUUUACUGUGCUGUUAGAGAAAGCUGAUGCCAGUCUGGGGUUGUUAUGCUCUUACCCAGCAGCCUCUUUUGCCUGUGGGCACCCAUGUCUGAGCAAGUCACCACAGGCUUCCUUUUUCUGGUUAAUGGAGAAGGGCUGCUGACUUCUAGGAGGGUUCAUCUGGCCUGUUCUGAGCUGUGUAUUAUAUACUCUAGGAUGCAGUGGUAUGUACCCUAGGUUUAUUUUUCUCCAUUAAAUUGAAUUGGGAAUCUAGGUGACUAUCAGAUGUGAACAGCUCUGUUUGGUAAAUGAGUUGCACCUGGAGUAUCUAAAUCUUCAGACUAAUCGUAUAUAUAUUGAAAAUUAGUGUUUUUUUCAAUUGGCCAUUAAUUCUUUACCUUUUGGAUUGACCUGCGAGGGCUAGAACCUGUAGGCUCACUUGUGUGAAGAAUGUUGUAUAGCUGGCAUUUAUCUGUGUUAUUAUAGUGUCUAAAGCUUUAGGCAAGAUUUUUCUAGGUGAAAAUAAAUUGUGUUGUUUGUGCUGCCCCAGGAAGGAACUUAGUCUCAGAAUUGUUUCUUCCCUUCUCCCCCUUGCUUUGUGGGGAAGGUGAAUUGCUUCUAACUUUCCUCUGGGGAUGCAACUUGCUAUUUUUAUUUUUUUUUUCCACCUGUGCCUGGCUAAAAUCUAUGGACACUGAAGCAGCAUCUCAUACGAGUGUCAUGCACUUCGUGAUGGGACAGGUGAGAGAUUCAGGCAUGCAAUGCAGAUCCUGGACACCUGCUCCUUGCAACCCUCAUUGGCACAGUGCAGGCAAGGUUAAUACCGUUGGGAAAGGACAUAGUGGGAAGCUUUUUGUGUUUUCUUUUGUGUCAUGAAAAUACAGGAGUGCAACUGAACAGCAAAUUCUGUGUACAGGGAAGUUCUGUUGCAUUUGAAUGUGCAUCUCGUGGUGGAUCAAAUCUGGAGGAAUUUCAUUUCACUGUCAUUGUAGAAAUAGGACAUAAGAUUUUUCCUGUUAAAAAUCUAGACAAUUUUCCUGUCACCAUCUUUUUUACUGUAUUUUAUGUACAUUCUGUGACUAUGCUGCCUAUGAAGUUUUGCCAUGGGAGUCAGAUGACUUAGUUCUUUAUAUGUUAAAUCAAAUUUUACAAGAUUUACAGAUCUGUUUUAUACUAAAGAAUAAGGUUAGUGACACUGUCUGUGACCUGUAAAGUAUUUUAAAUUCUUGCUCCCUGUUGGAGAUCAGCUUGUCAACAUUGUCUGCCCUUCAUUUCAGAGUGAAAGUACAUUUCCUUGUACAAAUGACACAAUGAUUGUAACCUAGAGGUAGUGAGAAGACAAAGACAAAAAUGUGUAUGUUUUUCCCAAGUAAUGAAGACUUACAUGGAAUGUUAAAAAAGACUUGGUGCAAACUGCAUAGGUAAAAUGUGUAGGGCACUAUUGCUGAACAAGUUGCUCUUCAGUGCCUGAGGAGGAGGGUGAGAAUAUAGAUUUAAGACAGUAAAAUAUAGAGACUUCUGUAAGAGGGAAUAACAAAAGUGUUUUCCUACUUCAGCUGAUGAUUUGUGCUCUAUGUCAUUGUACGUGCAUGAAAUACACUGUGCCACACUUUCUUGAGUUGUUGUUUUGAUGGUUGGGUUGCCUUUAUCUGACCUUGAUUUGUGCUUUUCUGGGAAAUGAACUGUAAUAUGUUGUAAAUAAUCUAGAUGCUUAUGUUUAUAAAAUAGCAAUCACCAAUUCAUCACUUUACAAUUCCUCCAUAUAGCUAGCCUAUUAAAAUGUAAUAUUUAUUAAAAUCAGACUCAAUGUUGGAACUGCUUACUGAGAUCUAAACACUUAGGAAUCUUUGCUAUGUUUGAAUCUAUAAAAUGCAAAUUAAAAUAUUUUCUGCUACAA